AUGGCUCGCACAAUCACAUUUGACAUUCCGUCAUGCUACCAAUUGGUGGAGCUCAUUGGAGAGGGGGCAUACGGGACGGUCUGCUCCGCUGUUCACAAGCCCUCUGCUACGAAAGUGGCCAUCAAAAAGAUCCAACCGUUCAGUAAGCCCAUGUUCGUGACAAGAACAUUGCGGGAGCUCAAACUUCUGAAGCUUUUCCACAGUCACGAAAACAUCAUCAGCGUGUUAGACGUGGUGCGACCACUCUCGAUGGAUAAGUUCCAGGCCGUUUAUCUGGUGCAGGAGUUGAUGGAAACAGAUUUGCAUAAGGUUAUCAACGGUAGCGGGUCCCGCCUCACGGAUGACCACAUCCAGUACUUUACAUAUCAAAUUCUGCGGGCAUUGAAAGCGAUCCACAGUGCCCAGGUCAUCCAUCGAGACAUCAAGCCUUCCAACCUGCUGCUCAAUUCCAAUUGCGAUCUCAAAGUAUGUGAUUUCGGACUUGCACGCUGUCUGGCGUCCAGCACGCACUCUCGACAAAACCUGGUUGGUUUCAUGACUGAGUACGUGGCAACACGUUGGUACAGAGCCCCCGAGAUCAUGCUGACAUUCCAGGAAUACACAACGGCUAUGGAUAUUUGGUCUUGCGGGUGCAUUUUGGCAGAAAUGAUUACAGGGAAGCCCUUAUUCCCUGGCCGUGACUAUCAUCAUCAACUGUGGCUGAUUCUGGAGGUGCUGGGAACCCCAUCUUACGAGGAUUUCGAAAACAUCAAUUCUAAGCGGGCCAAGGAAUACAUAGCCAAUUUGCCGCUGCGGCAAAAGCUCCCGUGGCAAGUGGUGCUGCAAACCCAGAAUUUGAACCCGCUUGCAGCGGAUCUGCUCGAUAAAAUGCUUACUUUCAAUCCAGACAAACGUAUCAGCGCUGCCGAUGCUCUCAGCCAUCCGUACUUGCAAGUGUACCACGAUCCUGAAGACGAGCCAGUGUAUUCGUCAUUGAACUUGAACGACCCAUUCUGGAAAAUGGAUAACAACAUCAAACAGCCCUCCGAAGAAAGCGAGCUUUCCAUGGAUACCUUGAAGCAGAUGCUAUUCGAAGAAGUUGGAAAGCCCUUGCAGUGA